GGAUCCAGGGCAGGCUCUGGAGAGACCCUGGAAGGAAAAUGUUGCUGCUGCUGCUGCUCCUGGGGGCUGCCACGAGCAGAUGUCUACAUGAUGAGACACAGAAGUCUGUCAGCCUUCUCAGGCCCUCUUUCUCCCAACUUCCCCCAAACUUCCGCUCUUCCUCCCUCACCCUCCCUGGCUCCCUGGAUCCUCAACCCCUCCGAAUCCAAAUCUGCUAUAUAGGAGAUCCUGUAUCAGAUGGAGCUUGGGAUCCUGAGGGAGACGGGAUGAGAGGGCGAUCCCGAGCCCUGGCCGCAGUGAGAGAGGCUGCUCAGCGCCUCCAGGGUGUCCUAGCAGUCCCUCCAGUGCGAGGCCCUCUGCUUCUGAGUCGAGACCCUGCACAGUACUGCCACGCUGUCUGGGGAGACCCAGAUACCCCAAACUACCGCAGGUGCAGCCUCUUGAACCCCGGGUACAAAGGAGAGAGUUGCCUAGGGGCGAAGAUCCCUGAUGCCCAUCUCCAUGGUUAUGCCUUGUGGCCAGAGCAGGGUCCCCCACAACUGGUCCAACCAGAUGGGCCUGGGGUCCCAAACACUGAUUUCCUCCUGUAUGUGCGGGUUGCCCACACUUCCAAGUGCCACCGAGAGGCUACGCUACAUGAAUUGCUCCAUGCCCUGGGUUUCUCUGGACAGCUCUUCAAGAAGUGGCGGGAUUGCCCCUCAGGACCCAGCGUCAGAGAGAACUGUUCUACAAGGCAACAAGUGACAAGGCGAGACGAGUGGGGACAGCUGCUUCUCACCACUCCAACUGUUAGCCACAGCCUGGCCAAACACUUGGGAGUACUAGGGGUCUCACUGGGCGUCCCCUUGGAAGAAGAGCAGGGCCUGUUGUCUUCACACUGGGAGGCCCGGCUGCUCCAGGGCUCUGUGAUGACUGCCACCUUCGAUGGUGCCCAGCGCACUCGACUCGACCCAAUCACCCUGGCUGCCUUCGAAGACUCAGGCUGGUACCAAGUCAACCACAGCGCUGCCGAGGAGCUGUUGUGGGGCCAGGGAUCUGGCCUGGAAUUUGGCCUGGUGAGCACCUGUGGGACCGGCUCCUCAGACUUCUUCUGUACUGGCAGUGGGCCGGGCUGCCACUACCUGCACCUGGACAAGGGAAGCUGCUCCUCAGACCCCACGCUGGAAGGCUGCCGCAUGUUCAAGCCCUUGGCCAACGGGGUGAGUAGACUGGAGAACAGAGCAUGAAACUGAGUGGGCCUGGAGAGGAGUCAACUUCUACGGCAUCUGGACAAACACUCUUCUGCCUUCUGCCCUGCCCUUCAGAGUGAAUGCUGGAAGAAGGAAAAUGGAGUCCCACCUGGGGCAGAGAAUCCCCACGGGGAGAUCUACCAUUCCCAGAGUCGUUGCUUCCUUGCCAACCUCACUUCACAAUUGCUCCCAGGGGACCAGAUCAGGCAUCCCUCUCAGAUCCCACACCUAAAGGAAGCAGAGCUCACUGGCCGCUGCUACUUACAUCAAUGCACAGAGAGGGGAGCAUACAAAGUGCAGGUGGAGGGAUCACCCUGGGCCUCCUGCUUUCCAGGAAAGGCUAUUCAGGUGGGUGUCACAUGUGAAACAGCCAUGCCAUGCAGGCAAGGAGAAGUGUGGAAAUGCUCGUACGGUGGUACUAUCCACCCUGUUUCAACGCUCAUUUUUUUUACCAAGUACCCACUGAGUCCAUGACUCUGAUCUAGAUUGUACAGUUUCUUUAGGAGGGCUUGAGCAAGCAAUUGAGGCUAUAACUAUACCCUGCUCCGUGUUUCCUUGCAGAUACCUGGGUACCACGGUCUUCUCUUCUGUCCUCGGGGUCGGCUGUGUCAGACUAAUGAAGGUACCAAUGCUGCUACUUCCCCACCUUUGAGUCCUUCAACCCAAGACCUGGUAUUCCAGCUGGCUUUAGGAUCAGCUGGGCCCCCAGCCCACUCCCUGGGGAAGGAAGAGCGAGACGAGUUGACUGAAGCAGUCCUAAAGGCUCUGGUGAGCAGAGGAGGCACUGGCAGGUAAAGGGAUGGGGCAGGCUGAGGAUUUAUGCAACGGGCCAGGGAGAACGCUUAAGUUCUUUACUUCAUAACUGUCCUCGGAAGACUUGUGUUCAUCCCACACCUAAGCCUGCGCCUGUCUCAUGAGGUAGACUCUUCUGGGACUAUCCCUCCACUAAGAGAUCCAAAUGUCCUCUUAGGUGCUACUUCCACGGCCCCUCGAUUACCACUAGCCUGGUGUUCACUGUGCAUAUGUGGAAGUCUCCUGGCUGCCAAGGGCCUUCGGUUGGUAUGCUGCACAGGACCCUGACCCUGACUCUCCAGAAGCAGCCUCUAGAAGUAUAUUAUGGAGGAGCCAGCUUUACCACAGAAUACAGCAAGUAAGAUAAUAUUCCAGGUAGACUUCUUCCAAAUUCCUGGAGUCUAGAUGUUUGAAAUUACAUUUAUUAAGCACUCACCCA